AUGGGUUAUACAACCAGUUCUAUCGUAAAGACACGUCCAUCACCACCGUUUUCCCAGUCGCUACCGGCGGUGGAAACUCAAUCCUCUACAACCCUUCCUCCACCGCUCUCCUACGACGAGAAGAAAUACACCGAGCUAUUCCUCAAGGACCAAAUUCAAAUCUGGAUCUUCGUCGGCGGUUACAUCUCCAUCGCAAUAGUCUCCGCCAUCAUCCUACCUCGCAUUUUCCACCAGCUCAGCUGGUACCACAUCGUCGUCAUCUACACCAUCGCACCAGUCCUCGCAUUCUGCAAUGCAUACGGCCAGACUGGCCGAGUGAUUCUCCAUGGCAAGCAAGCUACUGAAUAUGGUGCCUCAAGCCAUUGA